CGUGCCCCGCGGCGCGCGCGGAGGCGGGGCAGGCGGUCGGUUGCUAAGACUUGUGAGGCGCUGCGCUCGCUUGCGGUUCGUCAGGUGGCCGUAGGCUUCUGCCCCGCCCAGUUGUCACGGCGGAAAUGUCUGAAAAGGAGAACAACUUCCCGCCGCUGCCCAAGUUUAUCCCCCUGAAGCCCUGUUUCUACCAGAACAUCUCCGACGAGAUCCCCAUCGAGCACCAGCUUCUGGUGAAGAGAAUCUACCGGCUGUGGCUGUUCUACUGUGCCACCCUGGGGGUCAACCUUGUCGCCUGCCUGGCCUGGUGGAUCGGUGGUGGCUCGGGAGCCAACGUUGGCCUGGCCUUGGUCUGGCUGCUGCUCUUCUCCCCCUGUGGCUACGUGUGCUGGUUCCGGCCUGUGUACAAGGCCUUCCGAGCCGACAGCUCCUUCAACUUCAUGGCGUUCUUCUUCAUCUUUGGAGCCCAGUUUGUUUUGACAGUCAUCCAGGCGAUCGGCUUCACGGGAUGGGGUGCAUGUGGUUGGCUGGCGGCAGUCGGGUUUUUCCAGACCAGUGUUGGAGCUGCUGUGGUCAUGCUGCUUCCAGCCAUCAUGUUCUCCAUGUCAGCUGCCAUGAUGGCCAUCGCGAUCAUAAAGGUGCACAGGAUCUAUCGGGGGGCUGGCGGAAGCUUCCAGAAGGCGCAGACCGAGUGGAACACGGGCGCUUGGCGGAACCCACCGUCCCGAGAGGCUCAGUACAACAACUUCUCGGGAAAUACCCUGCCCGAGUACCCUACUGUGCCCAGCUACCCGGCAGCCGGCAGCCAGUGGCCGUAGAGGGGCUGGUUAGCCCCGCUGCCCGCCCCCCUCCCCUCCCCCGGCCAGGGCGGCGGAGCCUGCGAGCACUCGGGGACCCGCACUUGUGUUCGUCUCGUCUUUGGCAGUGAGGUCCUCGCAAGCGCCACCCAGAAACCGUCCAGCCUGUGCUGCCCAGCAGGACGGCUCCCAUGCUGCACAGCACACCCCUCCUCUGGAGGUCUCGGGCCGCCCUCAGGCCUCCCCGGGGAGAAGGGGCAGCAGGCCGGCCACCUGCCUUCCAGAGCUGAUGGCACGGAGAGGGACUUCGCCAGGGCGUCACCCUCAUCCCUUCUCCUCCCCUCCUUCCUGUCCCCGUGGGCGACGGAGGGGCUUGGCUGGGUCCUCCGUGUUCUUGUCCUUUGUGUCCCUGUCCACCUGCAGCCAGAGGGCUCUUGUGGACGGCCCUGUGGGGUUGGCCAGAGGCCGAUGAGCCGCCUGGGCACCAUGAUCUGAGCCUCUGUGCAUCUGUCUGCCCGCUGGGCUCUGUGUGGGGCCAUUGGCCUUCCUGCCCAUAAUGGCUCUCUCCGUGGGAACGUCAAGGGGACCCCUGUCGAGAUCUGAAGGCUGGGGCGGAACCCCUUUGUGGGGGACGGGGGCCGUGGGGAUCUGAAGGCUGGGGCGGGACCCCUUUGGGAUCUCCCCUCUGCAGACGCAGGGAAAGCCUCAGGAGCGGGCAGAGUGGGUGGGCCGGCCGCUCGGAGCCCGCGGCCACACAGCCCUCGCUCGAGCUGCAGGAAGCAGGAGACUGGGUUUCUUGAGAGUGGCCUUCUAGAAGUUAAGAUGUGACAAACCUGUGCCUUAGUGAGCAAUCUAAACGACAUGUCACCUCCCUCCGGCUCUCGUAGCUCCUUCUGAGAUGAAGGACUGGAAUGUUCCGCGGGGAUCUCGGCAGCAAGCCUGUGAGCUGACCGGCCGGAAGAGCCCUCGUCGUUUCCUAGCCCUUGCUGGCCAGGCGCCCCAGGCGCCCCGAAUGCUGCCUCUUGGCUCCCGGCUGGCUGUCUCGGGGUAGGACAGGGACCCUCUGCAUCAUACAGUGCUGCGCGGGACACCGGUCUCUCCAGAAGCCCCAACCAGGCAGCCCUGUUCUUUGCUCUCCACACCCACACUUGCUUGCUUUGGCUGCUCAUGCUGGGUGCCGUGUGGUGUCCAAAGGUGGCCGUGGUUCCUGAGGACGCGCCCGGGCCUGGGUCCCCUCAGGUCUCAAGCCGUGGGUCUCCCGGGUGUCCCUGAACACCCCCUAGCCAGCCUCUGCGACCAAGAGGCGUGCGCUGCACUGACCGUGGGGCCGAGUCCCCUGCUGCACACGGGACUGAGCAGGUGUGGCCCCAGGUAGGAGAACCACAUGCACAUCCGCCUUUGUUACUUCGUAGUGGGUUUUCUUACGGGAGAGUAUCCUGGAAAUAAAUACCAUAGUCCUUCCUGCAUCACGGGGCCUCUGCGGGGCUGUUGGGGCAUGUGAGUCUGUGGCCCUAGCCCCACACUGCCCCUGCCUGUGACCCUGCCCCGCACAGCGUCGCCCUCGUGUACUGUGAGCCAUCACUGCAUUUCCUUCAUGCUUCUCCUUUCAGUCAGCUUGCUUUUUUUAUGCUCCACUGUUCUAACUUGAAAAAGGGAAGUGUACAGAAAAUGAGAAACCAGCAUCACUUGCCCCAAACGAAAAAAUGGUAGACAUGGCUGCAAGAGAAACAGGAGGGCCUUGCAGAAGCCCAGCUGCAGGGGCCUCCCCAGGGCUCACGGCCUGUACACCCCACGUGGACACGGGAGGGAGGGUGGGACGCUUUGCCACCACAGGAAGGAGACUAGGUCCACAGAGAGAAACCAGACCAAACCCCAAGCAAAUGGCAUGGGUUGCAUUGUGUCCCCCCCCCCAGCCCCCC